AUGGCAUCACAGAACCCCCUGACCCCAGAUCGCAUCUUAGGCCUCGCAGCAGAUAGCCUUAAUGAGCAGCAGAGCCUCAAAACACCGCAUGAGGCUGUUGCUCUGAUCGGCCAUGCGUGCAUGGCGGCGGUAGGAUUUCGGCUUGUGGGACUGGGAGAAGAUCAUAAUAUAGGUAUCAAACCGCCAAGAGCCUAUGAUGAUCUUGGGCCGCUGACCUCUUCAGACUCUUCUCCAGAUGUCCGUAAGCUCCCUGCGGAAUGGAACGCCAAUUCUACCUUUGACUUUCGAUACGCCCACGAGCAAUCCUCUAUGCAGUACUUGCUGAAAGUAAGCAGGCUAGGCAAUAACACUGUUAUAAAUGCGCUUGCUCUCGGCGACGACCGCACCAGCUCCUUCGAUCUCCCCGUCAAAGACUAUAUCUCUGGGUCUUCCUUGCCACUAUCCUCCACAGAUAACCUCACAAACGCCCUUCGUGAAGUAUUUAUCUCGCCUUCUCGACUACAAGACCUUAUCAGCCUCUUCAAAAUAAACGUCAUUCAAAAGCUUGCUCCGGGCUUAUACAAGGAAGGUUACGAGGCUGAAAGCCAAGGACAAGCAUCUCGCGCACAGCCAGAAGACAGACCCCGGCGAGAUCCUCUUCGCGACGACCAGCUACCUGCCCCCGCUCGCCCAUAUCCUUUCGAUGAUCCUCUAGCGGUUCCACCUCGUCGGCCUCACCCCGUUGGUGAUUUUGCCCCUCCAGGGUUCGAAGACGAAUUCGAAAUAAACCGUCCCCCGCGUGCAUAUCCCCCGGGACUUGGUGGCAGAAGCCCUUAUAAUAUUGGCGAGAGGGACCUGUACCCCGCCGGAUUAGGUCCGAAUGAUCCUCUCCGUGGUACCAUAGGGCCUGGUUUUGGGUCGGGUGGCAUGCAUCCCACAUUUGACGACCCGCUCUUUGGUGGCCCCGGCGCAGGGGCAGGCUAUGAUCCCCGGGCGCCCCCGGGUGCGAGAUGA